AUGAUGAGCACCUCGCAUCCCGAACCAGCAGCACCGGUCGCCACACCCGUAGUUGAUGCGAGAGAGCUCACCUACGAGGGCUUUGUGAACGAUUACAUGGCUGUCGGGGAACCCGUCAUCGUCCGUGGGCUCACAGACGACUGGGCAGCAGUGAGGGAGUGGGUGACGCCGGAAGGCCUCCCAGAUCUGGACUUUCUGGUCCGCAAAUUUGGGCACAGCCGGAUUUGCGUGUCCGACUGCUCCCAGGCAUCCGAGUACGGCGCGCAGCCCGCAGAGAUCAUGUCCCUGGCGGAGUACGUGUCCUGGUGGAGGCGUCCAGACCGGGAGGGAGUUCUAUACCUCAAGGACUGGCACUUUGCCGCCGAGCAUCCCGAGUACCAGGCCUACACCUGCCCCCCCAUCUUCAUGGACGACUGGCUGAAUGAGUGGCACGAUGUACUCAGGCAUGGGCAGCCGGCAUGCAACGGAGAUGGUAGCUCACCUGCACCCCCUGCUGCGAGCCGGUCCUCUCUGGUCACCAGCGACUACCGCUUUGUGUACCUGGGUCCCGAGGGGUCCUCCACCCCCCUGCACCACGACGUGUUGAUGAGUCACAGCUGGUCGGUGAACAUCGCUGGGGUCAAGCACUGGACCCUGGUCCCCCCCUCCCACACCGAGCACAUGUACCGCCCGGGGACAAAGCAACUGGCCCGCACGCUGCAUGGACCGUCCGGCGAGGGGUGGCCGGGGCUUGCUCAGGCCAGGCAGGCGGCACGAGAAUUCAUCCAGCAGCCCGGGGACGCGAUCUUCGUGCCCAGCGGCUGGCACCAUGAAGUGCUCAAUGCCUCGCCGGCGCUCAGCAUCAACCACAACUGGAUCAACGAGCACGCUAUGCCCCACCUCUGGCGCCUGCUGACGGAGGAGACCGCGGCGGCAGAGGCCCUCAUCGAGGACUGCCGUGGGCUGUGCUCGCCGCGGGAGUUCCAGGGCCUGGUGGCGAGGAACGUGGAAGCCAACCUGGGCCUGGGCUGGGCGGGGGUCCGUGAGAUGCUGCGCUGUGCUUGCCGGUCCACGGAGGGGCAUGAGGGAGUUGGAGCCAACGCCUGGCCGUGGAUGCAGCGGAGGUCGGAGGCCGUACAAGCCUGGCUCUCUCGCCCAGAGUGGGACGUGCAUGUCGAUCCUUGA